AUGAAGCUCCUGUCGCUGCUGUUUCUGGCUUUUGUUGCCUAUACUGCCGCCAAAGUGAUGCCCGUGACGCACAGCAACAAUUUGAGUAUUAUCGAUCAACAUGGCAAAAGGGUUUAUGCCGACCUAACCGACGUUAAAUGCGAUUAUUAUUGUGCCGAAAAGGAUCCCUCGGUGUGUGCCACCAAUGGACAAUGCCUUUUGAAGUUCGAAAGUCGUUGUGCCAUGGCAGCGUACAAUUGUCGCAAUCCCCAGAAAAUGUUCACGGACGUGGAGGACCAUCGUUGCACCAAGGAUUGGGAGCCCCUCUGCUUGGAGUCAGAUCUCAGGGAGUUCGGCCUGUAAACUGGGUUUCGGUUGAAAGGUUGUAGA